CUCCUUUUAUCUUAUAUUCCUUAAUACUCUUUGAUUUCUCUGGAAAAAGUCUUACACCUCCAUCAAUUUGCUUCUCCUGUACUCAAUCGCCACAAGUCAUCAACCCAAAAACUGAACAAACCCCCCAAAACCAGAAAUGGAUUCCAUCAACGUCCUCAAAGGCUACGGCAAGGUAAACCCAGAACACCACCUAGAAGUCCAAGCUCAGAAGAUCCCCCAACCACCCAAAAGGCCAAUCAUCACCACUGUGGUCAUCUCAGCAAUAGUCGGCUUGACCUUUGUGAUCGGCCUCAUGCUCGCAGCUCUCAUCCAUGAAUCCACUACCGAGCCAAUCGACGAGUCCCCAUCCCUCUCCAGCUCUGCCGAGUCAACCAUCAAAAUCGUCUGCAACGUGACUAGGUACCCUGAGUCUUGCUUCACCUCCAUUUCCUCCCUCAACAGCUCUCCUAAACCAGACCCAGAGUCCAUCCUCAAGCUCUCUCUCCAAGUCUCCAUUUCCGAGCUUUCCCAUCUCUCUUCGGUGUUGAAGACCAUGAACUCCGAUGCCGCCAUCCGUGACUGCCUGGACCAGGUGGAGGACGCGUUGAGUCAGCUCAAUGACUCGGUGUCGGCAAUGGUGGUGGGCAAAGCGUUGACUGAGGCAAAGGUCAAGGACGUCCAGACGUGGAUAAGUAGUGCGGUGACGGACCAAGAGACGUGCUUGGAUGGUUUGGAAGAGAUGGGAUCAGCGGGUGUUGAUGAUGUGAAGAAGAAGAUGAAGAAGUCGAUGGACUUCACCAGCAACAGCUUAGCCAUUGUGGCUAAUUUCAAGGCCAUUCUUGACAGGUUUGGCCACAUUCCACUCCAUUAGAUUAAGGAAAAACUGUUUGUGAGAUUUUGGGUUGUUUCAUUUUCUUCUUGAAAAUCUGAACUCUGUUUUGUUGUUGGUUUAUAGAUUCGUUUGCAAUUGUAAGUUCAAGGGGUGUGUAAAUAACUUAAUCGCAUCCAAUCCUAUAUUCUCAUUUGUUUU